GUCACCGGCUCGGGCAGGCUAUUGACUGUGGAUCGAGGGUUGAAGCGAUUCAUUCUCCACAGUGAGAGAGAGAGAGAGGCAGCGAGCUGAGGCUUUGCACGCAUUUCUUCAAUAUUACAGAUCCAGACUUUAAUCAGCAGUACUGUUGUACCCUGUAGCCAGCUUCGUCACCUGCUACCAUGCAGUCCACGUUUUGUAAACCCAAACUGAAGAGGAUGGAUACGAGCGGGGUGAAGGUGCUGGAGACAGCGGACGAUAUCCAGGAGAGGAGGCAGCAGGUGCUCGAUCGCUACCUGCGCUUCAAGGAGCUCUCCGGGCUGAGGAGGCAGAAGCUCGAGGACUCCUACCGCUUCCAGUUCUUCAGACGGGACGCGGACGAGCUGGAGAAAUGGAUCCAGGAGAAGCUGCAGAUCGCCUCCGACGAGAACUACAAGGACCCGACCAACCUGCAGGGAAAGCUGCAGAAGCACCAGGCGUUCGAGGCUGAAGUCCAAGCCAACGCAGGUGCCAUUGUCAAGCUGGACGAGACGGGGAACCAGAUGAUUACCGAGGGACACUUCUCAUCUGACAUCAUCCGAACCCGCUUGGAGGAGCUUCACCGGCUCUGGGAGCUGCUGCUGCAGAAGACCAAGGAGAAGGGGGUGCGGCUGCUGCAGGCACAGAAGCUGGUGCAGUACCUGCGCGAGUGCGAGGACACGAUGGACUGGAUCAACGACAAGGAAGCGAUCGUGAUGUCGGAAGAGCUAGGCCAGGAUCUGGAGCAUGUGGAGGUCCUGCAGAAGAAAUUCGAGGAGUUCCAGACGGACCUGGCUGCACACGAGGAGAGGGUCAAUGACGUGAACCAGCUGGCCGGGAAACUCACGCAGGAGAGCCACCCAGAGGCAGAGCUGAUCGUCCGCAAGCAGGAUGAGGUGAACGCAGCCUGGCAGCGCCUCAAGGGCCUGGCCCUCCAGAGGCAGGGCAAGCUGUUCGGGGCUGCAGAGGUGCAGCGCUUCAACAGGGAUGUAGAUGAAACAAUCAGCUGGAUCAAGGAGAAGGAGCAGCUGAUGGCUUCGGAUGAUUUUGGGCGCGACCUGGCAAGCGUCCAGGCGCUGCUGCGCAAGCACGAGGGGCUGGAGAGGGACCUGGCUGCACUGGAGGACAAGGUGAAUACUCUCGGCGGCGAGGCUGACCGGCUGCAGCAGACCCACCCGCAGAACGCAACCCAGAUCCACCUGAAACGGGACGAGCUCAUCACCAACUGGGAGCAGAUCCGCACCCUGGCCGCGGAGAGACACGCCCGCCUCAAUGACUCCUACAGGCUGCAGCGUUUCCUGGCUGACUUCCGUGACCUCACUAGCUGGGUGACGGAGAUGAAGGCUCUGAUCAACGCUGACGAGCUGGCCAACGAUGUGGCUGGAGCCGAAGCCUUGCUGGACCGGCACCAGGAGCACAAGGGAGAGAUCGAUGCCCAUGAAGACAGCUUCAAGUCCACAGACGAAGCCGGCCAGGCCCUGCUCUCUACGGGACACUACGCCUCCGACGAGGUCCGAGAGAAGCUGCUUGUCCUGGAGAAGGAGAGGUCCUCCCUACUGGAGCUGUGGGAGCUGCGCAGGCAGCAGUAUGAGCAAUGCAUGGACCUGCAGCUCUUCUAUAGGGACACGGAGCAGGUGGACAACUGGAUGAGCAAGCAGGAGGCUUUCCUGCUGAACGAGGACCUGGGUGACUCUCUGGACAGCGUGGAGGCGCUGCUGAAGAAGCACGAGGAUUUCGAGAAGUCGCUCAGCGCCCAGGAGGAGAAGAUCACGGCGCUGGAUGAAUUUGCCACCAAACUAAUUCAGAAUAACCACUACGCGAAGGAAGAUGUUGCUACUCGCAGAGAUGCUCUGCUGAGCCGUCGCAAUGCCCUGCACGAGCGAGCCCAGCACCGCCGCGCCGCUCUCGAGGACUCCUUCCAUCUGCAGCAGUUCUUCCGGGACUCGGACGAGCUUAAGAGCUGGAUCAACGAGAAAAUGAAAACCGCCUCCGACGAGGCUUACAAGGACCCAUCUAACCUCCAAGGCAAAGUGCAGAAACACCAAGCCUUCGAGGCCGAGCUGUCGGCCAAUCAGAGUCGCAUCGACGCCCUCCAGAAGGCAGGCCAGGAGCUCUUGAAUGACAAGCACUACGCCGCGGACGAGGUGUCCGGGCGCAUGGAUGAGGUCGGCUCCCUCUGGAAGAGACUGCUGGAGGCUACGGAGCUCAAAGGUAUUAAGCUGCGUGAGGCCAACCAGCAGCAGCAGUUCAACCGCAACGUUGAGGACAUCGAGCUGUGGCUGUACGAGGUGGAUGGGCACCUGUCCUCUGAUGACUACGGGAAGGACCUGACCAGCGUGCAGAACCUGCAGAAGAAGCACGCUCUGCUGGAGGCUGACAUUGCUGCUCACCAGGACCGUAUUGACGGCAUCACCAUCCAGGCCCGGCAGUUCCAAGAGGCAGGACACUUUGACGCUGACAACAUCCGUAAGAAGCAGGAGGCGCUGAUGACUCGCUACGAGGCCCUGAAGGACCCCAUGGUGGCCCGCAAGCAGAAGCUGUCCGACUCCCUGCGGCUGCAGCAGCUCUUCAGAGACGUGGAGGAUGAGGAGACGUGGAUCAGAGAGAAGGAGCCCAUCGCAGCCUCCACCAACAGGGGCAAAGAUCUCAUUGGUGUCCAGAAUCUUCUGAAGAAGCACCAGGCUCUGCAGGCUGAGAUCGCCGGCCACGAGCCUCGGAUCAAAGCCGUAUCCCAGAAGGGGCAGGCCAUGGUCGAGGAGGGACACUUUGCCGGGGACGAGGUGAAGGUGAAGCUGAGCGAGCUGAACAGCCGCUGGGAGACCCUGAAGGGGAAGGCGUCCCAGCGCCGGCAGGACCUGGAGGACUCCCUGCAGGCUCAGCAGUACUUUGCGGACGCCAACGAGGCAGAGUCCUGGAUGAGGGAGAAGGAGCCCAUCGUGGGCAGCCUGGACUACGGCAAGGAUGAGGACUCUGCAGAGGCUCUGUUGAAGAAGCAUGAAGCCCUGAUGUCUGAUCUGAGCGCUUAUGGAAGCAGCAUUCAAGCCCUGAGAGAGCAGGCACAGUCUUGCAGGCAACAAGUGGCCCCCACGGACGACGAGACCGGCAAGGAGCUGGUCCUGGCUCUGUACGAUUACCAGGAAAAGAGCCCUCGCGAAGUCACCAUGAAGAAGGGAGACAUCCUGACUCUGCUCAACAGCACCAACAAGGACUGGUGGAAGGUGGAGGUGAACGACCGCCAGGGCUUCGUUCCUGCUGCCUAUGUGAAGAAGCUGGACCCGACACAGUCUGCCUCCCGGGAGAACCUGCUGGAGGAGCAGGGCAGCAUCUCCGUGCGGCAGGAGCAGAUAGACAGCCAGACUGUCGUUACUAAGGAGGCCGGCAGCGUUUCUCUCCGUAUGAAACAGGUGGAGGAACUGUAUGGCUCCCUGCUGGAGAUGGGAGAGAAGCGCAAGGACAUGCUGGAGAAGAGCUGCAAGAAGUUCAUGCUCUUCCGCGAAGCCAGCGAGCUGCAGCAGUGGAUCAACGAGAAGGAGGGGACUCUCACCAACGAGGAGAUGGGCUCCGACCUGGAGCAGGUGGAGGUCCUGCAGAAGAAAUUCGACGACUUCCAGAAGGAUCUCAAAGCUAAUGAGUCCCGGCUGAGGGACAUCAACAAGGUGGCCAAUGAGCUGGAGUCCGAGGGGCUGAUGACGGAGGAAGCUCCAGAGGUGGCAGUGGCUCAGACCCAGCAGGAUUUGUUGGGUUCUGCGCCUGGAGUCUCACGGGAUGAACCAGACUCUAAAAACGCUUCUCCCUGGAAGUCUGUACGCAUGGCGGUCCAGUCUGUGGCUAACUUUAAUGCGAUCAAGGAGCUGAACGAGCGCUGGCGGUCCCUGCAGCAGCUGGCAGAGGAGAGGAGCAACCUGCUGGGCAGCGCCCACGAGGUGCAGCGAUUCCACAGGGAUGCCGAUGAGACCAAGGAAUGGAUUGAGGAGAAGAACCAGGCUUUGAACACCGAUAACUACGGCCACGACCUGGCUAGCGUGCAAGCCCUGCAGCGCAAACACGAGGGCUUUGAGAGAGACCUGGCAGCCCUGGGAGACAAGGUGAAUUCCCUGGGUGAGACUGCGGACCGUCUCAUCCAGUCUCACCCCGAGGCAGUGGAUGACAUCCAGGAGAAGUGCACUGAGCUGAACCAGGCCUGGAACAGCCUGGUGGGCCGUGCGGACCAGCGCAAGGACAAGCUCGGCGACUCUCACGACCUGCAGCGCUUCCUCAGCGACUUCAGGGACCUGAUGUCCUGGAUUAACGGAAUACGAGGACUCGUCUCCUCGGAUGAGCUGGCAAAGGACGUGACCGGGGCCGAGGCUCUGCUGGAGAGACACCAGGAGCACCGCACGGAGAUCGAUGCCAGGGCCGGCACCUUCCAGGCGUUCGAGCAGUUCGGGCAGCAGCUGCUGGCGCGGGGUCACUUUGCCAGCCCUGAUAUCAAGGAGAAGCUGCAGAUCCUGGACCGGGAGCGCGCAGACCUGGAAAAGGCCUGGGUGCAGCGCAGGAUGAUGCUGGAUCAGUGCCUGGAGCUGCAGCUGUUCAGCCGGGACUGCGAGCAGGCGGAGAGCUGGAUGGCAGCCCGCGAGGCGUUCCUGGCCAGCGAUGAUAAGGGAGACUCCCUGGACAGCACGGAGGCGCUCAUCAAGAAGCACGAGGACUUCGACAAGGCCAUCAACGUGCAGGAGGAAAAGAUUGCAACCCUGCAGUCCUUCGCUGACCAGCUGAUUGCAGCCGAUCAUUACGCCCAAGAAGACAUCGCCAACCGACGCAAUGAGGUCCUGGACAGGUGGCGCCGACUGAAGGCCCAGAUGAUCGAGAAGAGGUCUAAGCUGGGCGAAUCGCAGACCCUGCAGCAGUUCAGCAGAGACGUGGACGAGAUCGAGGCGUGGAUCAGCGAGAAGCUGCAGACUGCCACAGACGAAUCCUACAAAGACCCGACCAACAUCCAGCUGUCCAAACUGCUGAGCAAACACCAGAAGCACCAGGCGUUCGAGGCAGAGCUCCACGCCAAUGCGGACCGGAUCUGCGGAGUCAUCGACACGGGGAACUCGCUGAUCCAGAGAGGGGCCUGCGCUGGGAGCGAGGAUGCAGUCAAGUCUCGUCUGAGCACUCUGGAUGACCAGUGGCAGUUCCUGGUUCAGAAAUCGGCUGAAAAGAGCCAGAAACUGAAGGAGGCCAACAAGCAGCAAAACUUCAACACGGGCAUCAAGGACUUUGACUUCUGGCUGUCAGAGGUCGAUGCUCUCCUCGCCUCUGAGGAUUAUGGAAAGGACCUGGCUUCUGUCAACAACCUUCUGAAGAAACACCAGCUGCUGGAGGCAGACAUCUCUGCCCAUGAGGAUCGCCUCAAAGACCUGAACGGGCAGGCAGACAGCCUGAUGACCAGCAGUGCCUUCGACACCACCCAGGUGAAGGACAAGCGCGACGCAGUCAAUGACCGAUUCGCCAAGAUCAAGAGCAUGGCCAGUGGCCGCCGUUCCAAGCUGAACGAGUCUCACCGCCUGCACCAGUUCUUCAGGGACCUGGACGAUGAGGAGUCAUGGAUCAAGGAGAAGAAACUGCUGGUGAGCUCGGAGGAUUACGGCCGGGAUCUGACCGGAGUUCAGAACCUAAGGAAGAAGCAUAAAAGACUGGAGGCUGAGCUGGCCGCCCACGACCCUGCAAUUCAGUCUGUGCUGGAUACUGGCAAGAAACUCUCUGAUGACAACACGAUCGGACAGGAGGAAAUCCAGCAGCGUCUCGCCCAGUUUGUGGAGCACUGGAAGGAGCUGAAGGACCUUGCAGCCGCCCGAGGCAAGCGGCUGGAGGAGUCUCUGGAGUACCAGCAGUUUGUGGCGAAUGUGGAGGAGGAGGAAGCCUGGAUCAACGAGAAACUAAACCUGGUGGGAAGCGAGGACUACGGAGACACGCUGGCCGCAGUUCAGGGCUUGCUGAAGAAGCACGAGGCGUUUGAGACGGAUUUCACCGUGCACAGGGACAGAGUGAACGACGUGUGUGUAAAUGGAGACGAUCUGAUUAAGAAGAAUAAUCACCAUGUGGACAACAUUAGUGCGAAGAUGAAGGCGCUGAGAGGGAAGGUGUCUGAGCUGGAGAAGGCAGCGGCUCAGAGGAAAGCCAAGCUGGAUGAGAACUCUGCGUUCCUGCAGUUCAACUGGAAGGCGGACGUGGUUGAGUCGUGGAUCGGUGAGAAAGAAAACAUUCUGAAGACGGACGACUAUGGUCGGGAUCUCUCCUCGGUCCAGACACUCCUCACUAAACAGGAAACAUUCGAUGCAGGGCUGCAGGCGUUCCAGCAGGAGGGCAUCACCAACAUUACCGCCCUGAAGGACCAGCUGGUGGCCGCCAAACACGUGCAGUCGAAGGCCAUCGAGGCGCGCCACGCUGCGCUCAUGAAGCGCUGGAACCAGUUGCUCUCCAACUCCGAUGCGCGCAAGAAGAAGCUGCUGGAGGCCCAGGAGCACUUCAGAAAGGUGGAGGACCUGUUCCUGACCUUCGCCAAGAAAGCGUCCGCCUUCAACAGCUGGUUCGAGAACGCGGAGGAGGACCUGACGGACCCCGUGCGCUGCAACUCCCUGGAGGAGAUCCGCGCGCUGCGUGACGCACACGACGCCUUCCGCUCCUCCCUCAGCUCCGCGCAGACUGACUUCAACCAGCUGGCCGAACUGGACCGCCAGAUCAAGAGCUAUCGUGUCGCCUCCAACCCCUACACAUGGUUCACCAUGGAGGCGCUGGAGGAGACCUGGAGGAACCUGCAGAAGAUCAUCAAGGAGCGUGAACAGGAGCUGCAGAAGGAACAGCGUCGGCAGGAAGAGAACGACAAACUGCGGCAGGAAUUCGCUCAGCACGCCAACGCCUUCCACCAGUGGCUGCAGGAGACGAGGACAUAUCUUCUGGAUGGCAUAGCCUAUCGACGGGUUAUCCAUGUCUAUCAGUAUGAAGUUGGGGAUGAUCUUUCUGGAAGGUCCUGCAUGGUGGAGGAGUCUGGAACCCUGGAGUCUCAGCUCGAGGCCACGAAGCGCAAGCACCAGGAAAUCCGAGCCAUGCGCAGCCAGCUGAAGAAGAUCGAGGACCUGGGCGCGGCCAUGGAGGAGGCCCUGAUCCUGGAUAACAAGUACACCGAGCACAGCACCGUGGGGCUGGCACAGCAGUGGGACCAGCUCGACCAGCUGGGCAUGAGAAUGCAGCACAACCUGGAGCAGCAGAUCCAAGCCAGAAACACAACCGGUGUAACAGAAGAAGCCCUCAAAGAAUUCAGCAUGAUGUUCAAGCAUUUCGACAAGGACAAGUCUGGGCGUCUGAACCAUCAGGAGUUCAAGUCGUGCCUGCGCUCGUUGGGCUACGACCUGCCCAUGGUGGAGGAAGGGGAGCCUGACCCAGAGUUCGAGACUAUUCUGGACACUGUGGACCCCAACAGGGAUGGUCACGUGUCGCUGCAGGAGUACAUGGCCUUCAUGAUCAGCAGGGAGACGGAGAACGUGAAGUCCAGCGAGGAGAUCGAGAGCGCCUUCCGGGCACUGAGCGCCGAGAGCAAGCCCUACGUCACCAAGGAGGAGCUCUACCAGAACCUGUCGAAGGAACAGGCAGAUUACUGCGUCUCCCACAUGAAGCCCUACACAGACAGCAAGGGCCGGGAGCUCACCUCGGCCUUCGACUUCGUUGAGUUCACGCGCUCGCUCUUCGUAAAUUGAUGCCCCCCUGCCCGCCAGUGACCAAUCGGGAUGCGUUUGCCUACAGCAGAUCUGCAUGAUUCGGGCGCUCUGUCUCCUCUGCGCUUCUCCUACAAUGUCGUCGUGCAUCGUCCUGCUUUUUAUUGUGGUUUUAGCUGAUUAUCUGCUUUGCUUGAUUUUAAUCUAUAGAACAAAAUAAAAAACACUCCUGUAACUGCAGUGUGCUUGAUUAAACGCUACUGGUUCUAACUGG